AUGAAAGUUUCACUUCUUAUCGGGCUCUCGAUCUUUUGCUUGGUCGCAGAGAGUCAUCUUCCUCGCCUUAAGCAUUCCUCUUUACACUCCGCCUCUACAGACCCACUGAGACUCAGAAAGCGAGCAGACGAAGACCCUUCUGAUUUCUCAUGGGUCAAGCGCUGGGCUGCUAUCGGUGAUAGCUACACAGCUGGCAUUGGCUCAGGUCGUGCCCUGGGCAAGUGGACCGACGGUGAGCAUCUUGAUAUCGGCUUGAAAGAUGAGAAGGCUCCUGUGUUCAAUAUCACACUUCCAAACCUUGACAUAAGCGGCCAUGACAACUGGUACUGUGCUCGCUACGAUAUGUCCUAUCCGAUGAUCAUCAGCAGACUGUUCGGUACGCAUGUUGAUGAUUUCCAGUAUGCUGCCUGCAGUGGAGAUCGUGCUGGACAGAUCUAUCAGCAGGCCAAGCAGAUUGAGGGCGAUCUUGACUUGGUCACGAUGACAGCUGGUGGUAACGACCUUUGUUUGGCUGGCAUCAUUCAGGAAUGUAUCCUAUUAUCCAUCCGCAACCAAAAGGCAUGCGAAGCCGUCCUCCAAGUCGCCGAGAAGAACGUCGAAGAGAUCAUCAAGAGCAACACCAAGGACAUCCUCCAUGCCCUAAACGAUAAGAUGAACCAGGACGGCAUAGUAGUUGUACUAGGCUACGCUGAAUUCUUCAGCACCGAGAACGAUGACUGCGAGAAGGAAUACUGGGAUAUCUUCUCUGGCUAUGACUUGCCAUUCAUUCGCAGGCAGAAGCUGACCAUUGCUCGUCGUCAUCGCUUCAACGCCCUUGUCAAGAAGAUCAAUUCUGCUAUUGCGGAUGCUGUCACGGAUAUAUCCAAGGAUAGCAAGAUCAAGUACAAGGUUGGCUUCGCUGACUGGAACCCUUGGGUUACUCAUGCUGAUAUCGAUGGACAAAUGUGUUCUCCGUCUAGCAAUGGUGACUACCCUGACAAGAACCAGCCCGGAAUGCAUUUCAUCAAGCCUGGCACCAAUCCCAACGUCGUUCGAGAUGAAUUGCGUAAGCGUUCGUUUGAUGAAGAUGAUGCUGCUCUCGCUGCUGAACUGGAAGAUGAACUCGAGGCUCAGGAAGAAGCUGCUUCACAGAGGAUUUGGGGUUCCAAGUUCUUCAACAGUCCCAACCCUUCUGAGAUGGUUCGUCGAGUUCUUCGUCGCCGUGAUCCUAAGGAUCCCGGAUGUCCUGGAGAUGGUAACUGGGACUACACCAUGGGUCUUGGUCUGCCCAACAAGAUUGGCGCCAACUUCCACCCAAACGAAAACGGUCAUGUCACGAUGGCUAGUUUCGCCAUGGCAGAGGUGAUGGAUCUCCGAUCACUCGUGCUAGGCGUGGACGCACCCAACUGCGAGAUUAAGGAUGAGUUCAAGUGCUGGUCUGACGACGAUUGGAAGAUCUACGCUAGCGCCGAUCGUCUAGACAAACACUAUGAAGACUUUUGUAAGAACAUCGAACAGCCGAAGCACGAGGUAGGAUGGGAGUACUCAAAGAAGUACGACGAAGGCACACCAGAUGAGCACGAAUUUAAGAUCUCGCUUAGCAAGGAAAUGGCAGACUACGAUGAGUCGGAGUGCAUCGACUCAAUGAAGAAGCUAAUUCACAACUGCGAUACGAAGAGAAAGAUGAAUUGGAAGAGCGGAGGUAUGUACGUUCGCGACGAUGGCGCGUACACAUACGAAGUCAAUCCAACGCGGACAAACCGUCCUUGGCCGCCGCCCGAAUAUGGUGUAGGAACCUGCAAGGGUUGGUAUCACGUUCUUUGGAGCUCGUACAUAAUUGAGGGAGGAGGUUUCUCGACUUGGGAUUAUGGGCAGCAGACGAUGCGACCGUCUAUGGAUGCGUGUUAUGGAUUGGGGACUACUGGGUGGGAGUUUGAGUAUUAUGAUGAGCCGACUGAAGAUGGGUAUGAGUGGAAGGCGAAGUUUAAUACGCCUAUCUGGGUACGGUCGCGGUGUUUUAAGAAUAAUUGGGUUGCGAAACAGGCGGGAGGAUGGACUGAUGGAUGUGGUGGCAACGAUUGA